AGCGCAGAGUCACGAAAAAUCAGCAGUAGAACCAGUAGUAGCCUGACGGAGUAGCAUACUCGUUUAGUUAUAUUGUAAGUCAAUUUCGACCCCCAGAAAACCGCAUUAAUAUUAUUCCAUCAUAGACAUUGACAGUAUAGAGUAAAACUGUUUCCUGAAGGUCGUCGGACUCAACCUAAUUGCCUCGGAACCUCGUUCGUGGUGUUGCAACUACUUUCGUAUUUUGUUGUUCUUUGCUUGGGGGAAUCGAUAGAUGAGGGAAACGUCGCUAGUAGCGCCCGUGGAACAAGUGGUGGACUGUGUUUCGUGCUUCGGUUCAACGUUAUUUCUUCUUUCUGUCAUUCUUGGCACAAAAUUUUUAUUAUGUGCGGAGUGUGUGACGUACUUAAUUUUAUAACUAUUAAAUGCUGCCUUCAUUAAAGAGAUAAUGAUGUGGCUCAAGGUCAUUUCGUCGACAGUGAAGGAGAGAGGCUGCGCUGGUGGAUGAACAUAAGCAGAAAAGAUUGCCAACUGAGCAAUCUAUCCCCAGCCAGCUACAAGUCACCUGAUGCUGACGAAGCUGAUGCUCAGCGAACCUAGUGAUUCAGGUCAGGCCGAAUCAGACCGCAAUGGAAAUGGGAUUGGUAGUAUGUAUCCGACCGCUUAUCAUGUGGACGGAUUCAGUUUCGAUACCGAUGUCCCUACUUUUAUAUCAACCAUGUCAACGGCGGCAACAUCAACAACUGCGGCAGAUUGCAUCGGGACGAAUGUCAUCGGAAGCAAAGAAGUCCGCUACGCACCUUUCUCUCAAAUAUUGCCUCCCUUACCGACCCCAAUUCCGCCACUUAUCCCGCCACCUCCUACAUCAUCAUCCCCGCCCCCGCCACCCCCGCCGUUCCUACCGCUGCAAAUGCAGCAACGCACCUAUUCCCGAUCUAUGACUUCACUACCCCCUGAGCCUUUCAUGAUUAUGCGAUCGAAGGCCUUGAAUCGAAGAGUUUCAAUAAAUGUUGGAGGUGUAAAACAUGAAGUUCUCUGGCGUACAUUAGAACGUUUACCACACACCCGACUAGGUCGCCUUCGUGACUGCAAUACCCAUGAAGCCAUUACCGAGCUCUGUGAUGACUACUCGCUCGUUGACAAUGAGUACUUUUUUGAUCGACAUCCUAAGUCCUUCAGUUCUAUUCUCAACUUUUACAGGACUGGUAAGCUUCAUUUAGUUGACGAGAUGUGCGUCCUUGCAUUCAGCGACGAUCUCGAGUAUUGGGGAGUAGAUGAACUUUAUCUGGAGAGUUGCUGUCAACAUAAAUAUCAUCAACGGAAAGAGCAUGUACAUGAAGAAAUGAGAAAAGAAGCUGAGUCGCUCAGGCAACGGGAAGAAGAAGAAUUUGGAGAGGGAAAAUGUGCCCAAUAUCAAAAAUGGCUGUGGGACUUGCUCGAAAAACCGACCACGUCCAUUGCUGCCAGGGUGAUAGCUGUGAUAUCAAUACUAUUUAUAGUGCUUUCAACGAUCGCACUAACUCUCAACACCAUUCCUAGUAUGCAAGUAGAUGAGAAGGGAAACCUUCAAGAUAAUCCACAACUCGCAAUGGUGGAAGCUGUAUGCAUCACAUGGUUCACUCUAGAAUAUGUGUUGAGAUUCAGCGCAUCACCGGAUAAAUGGAAAUUCUUCAAGGGUGGACUGAAUGUUAUAGAUCUACUAGCUAUUAUGCCUUACUUCGUAUCCCUCUUCCUAGUGGAGACCAACAAGAACGCUACCGACCAGUUCCAAGAUGUGCGCCGGGUCGUGCAGAUCUUCCGGAUCAUGAGGAUCCUGCGAAUCCUGAAGCUGGCUCGUCAUUCGACAGGACUUCAGAGUUUAGGUUUUACGCUCCGUAAUUCGUACAAGGAGUUAGGCCUGCUCAUGUUGUUCCUGGCGAUGGGGGUGCUUAUCUUCUCUAGCUUAGCGUAUUUUGCUGAGAAAGAUGAGCAAGGCACUAAAUUCAUAAGCAUUCCGGAGACGUUCUGGUGGGCAGGUAUCACCAUGACGACCGUUGGGUAUGGUGACAUUUACCCAACAACUCCCCUUGGCAAAGUUAUUGGCAGUGUGUGUUGCAUUUGUGGUGUCCUGGUAAUUGCGUUACCCAUUCCUAUUAUCGUCAAUAAUUUUGCUGAAUUCUACAAAAACCAGAUGAGGCGAGAAAAAGCACUCAAACGUCGAGAAGCACUCGAGAGGGCGAAAAGAGAGGGCAGCAUCGUGUCCUUUCAUCAUAUCAAUCUGAGGGAUGCAUUCGCCAAGAGCAUGGAUCUCAUCGAUGUGAUUGUUGAUACUGGUCAUAACAUGUCUGGUGUCGAUGGAAACAGUACUGAAGGAGAAUCUGGUUGUGAUAGAGGACCAUCGCAAACGGGUGCUGGUUGUUAUAAAAAUUACGAGCAUUAUGUUACCUUGUCAAAUAUGCGAACAAGUAAUUCUACUUGUUUUCCAAAUUUACCAAAUGAUUUUGCAACAACACCAGACAGUCCAAACAGGCGGUUGCUUGAUUUUGCUCAAAACAUAUCUACAAAUCAAAGUGAGAAUUUCUUCCAUGAUCAAGUAUCAGCACAACAGUUGAAUCAAGGAAAUGUUACGCCUAGUGAUGAAGAAAAAAAAGAUAGCAGAAAAAUUGAGCCAAAAACCGAAGAAUUGCCUAGUGAAUUCGAGUGUUGCUUUUGUACAACGAAGGAAUAUAAAGAAUAUCGAGAUGCGGAAGACAUUAUGCCUCUUGCAACAAGUGAUUUCAAAACUCCAAUUUGUCAAGAACUAAAAUCACUCAGAGGAAGUAGUCUGGAAAAUAACUGUUUUGAUGAUUUACAACUGUCUCCUGUUCCGAUAUUAGAACCAAAUAUAUGCAUUAGUAAAAAUAAUUACAACGAACGUGGCAGUGUGGAUAGUUCUGAUACAUAUGCCAGCUGCCAGACUCAUCCGUUUUACUCUCAAAGCGAUUUAACCGAAGAUGCAGACAGUAAUUUAUAUGUUAAUCCACUAGAAGGUACAGAAAAAUGUAGCAACAUGACAGUAAAAAAAUCUGUGUCUGGCGGAGUAGCGCACUUUACUCUGAAUAUAUCACCAAGUACAGAUUCACUCAAUGAUAUUAAUUUGUUAAAUAAAAGCAGUAAAUUAAACAUAAAUGAAACAGUUCCAAAACAUAGGAAAACUCGCACUCAACAGUAUAAUAAACCACGCGCUCAGUUGUCUAACAACCAAGAUCUCCCUGAUUGUAUAAGUUCACCGAUAAAAGAAGAUGUAAAAGAAGAUAACAAUAAUCACCAUAAUGGUUUGAAAGGAGGCAGACCGUCGCAAUCCAUGAAUAGUCAUCUUGCUUCAGCAACAAGGAUAAUUAAUCAUCAUCUGUUUGGGACAAUUAGUGAUUCCAGGCAAAAUACUGGAUCGACUACGGGAAGUAAGCUGUCACUGUCGGUUGAUUCAAUUGAUAGCGAGGCAACGCCAUUUAUAGAGGGACAUCGUAAAUCAAAAUCGAUUUUAAAGAAAUCCGAAAGUAACAGUAACUAUUAUAGUGGUAUUGGAGAUUCGGAUACUGACAAUCUGAUAGCUGACAAUUCGUCAAUAAUGACAAUGUACGACAAUGGAACAAUUACAAGCAACACUUUACGAAAUAUUUAUGGAGGUCGUUUGGAACAUCCUAUCUCACCGCUUCUAUCUAGACAAGUCAUUGAAUCCAUAUUUCGAACUAAUAAUAAUUCCAGACAACAUUGCCAAAUUAAUUUGAAUGAUGGAAAACAUUGUAAAUCCAAAUUACACAAACCUUUACUUGAUCACACCAUUCAAGGUGAGGUGCAUUCCAGAGGUGAGGUCUUUGUAGAUAAUAAAACUAAAAGUGAGGAGCGGUUACAGAAACCAAAAUACUUUAUGGAAGUAGGAAAAGACAACCAAUUCUUCCUCAUGAGUUCACCACGUCUUCAUAAGGAUGGAAAAGAAGGAUUUUCUGCUGAUAAAAGAAGUAGCACAUCCAGCAAGUCAUGUUUGCACAAUACUACAGCAUGUAAAAAUUCCGACCCUAAUUGUCUUCCUCAAGAAUCUCGAAUAUCGCAGAAAGAUGAGUUGAAUAUCAUACUAUCUAAAGUCGAAUAAGAUCGAAAAGUGUUGGUGUUAUUCUUGAGAAUUAAAUUCCAUUUUCAAAAGUACUUCAUUGAUGUGAGGAAUAUUAUAUUUAAGGAUUAGAUAUUUUUAUAUUUCUUUUAAGCGACGUCUACAAUGGGAGAGGGUACGCACCGAUAUUUGAAACCAUACUGCCAUCCUGAUUUAAAAACAGACUAUGUACAUUUAAAAUCUUUUCUAGAUAUUUGACGAAAUGCGUAUAUAUAAGUACUUUCUUGAGUAUAAUAAUUUUCAAAAAUAUGGUGAUGUUUCCUGUUUUAUUGGAGUAUGAAUCAUUUUAUAUACUUUGUACAUUGAGUUAUCGUUUCUCAGAUUUAUGCACCAAAGAAGCUCGAGAUUCUUAUUUGCAAAAAACACAUCUACGUAGUUGUGUAUCUUUCGGAUUGUAGACAUUGCUUUAUGUAUGAGGGUAAUUCUGGUACAGAUUAACUAAUAGCCUAAUAGGACGAAUGGACACCUCAUCUAUCGUAGUUUAAAAUCAAGGUUUAGUCUGUUUUGUAAAGAUUGAAGCCUAUUUGAAACUCUUGCAUUUCAGAAGUUUAUAUUUGAUAUGUAAAAAUAUUUUUUUUUAAAAAGAAAAAUCAAGUUUUAUCUCACAAAUGCGUCUUUAACUCUUACAGAGUAUUGAUUUACAAAAAACAUUUUUGAAAUAAGACAAUAAAUUAUAGAACAUAAAAAUAAUUUUGCAUAGGUACUUGUAUUCAAGUGUUCAUACUAAGGCACUGUAAAGAAAUUAAAUUUUUUGUUAAUAUAUUUUCCAUAGAACUUGAAAGUAUUUGAAAAAGGUGUACAAUUUCUCCCAGAAUUACCCCAAAUGUUAUAUUAUUUUUCUCAAAUAUAAUCAAAUUAAAAUUUUAAAUCUUCCUGAGAAGAUUUAUUUGUCCUGAAAAAAAUAUAAAUUUUUAACAUGUUUAAAAUUUUUUUUAAAUUGACAAUAUUGCCGAAUCAUUUCAAUAUGAUUAUUAAGAUAAUUAAAAUGCAAGAUACUUAAAUUUCAAUUACAAUGAAGACUAUAACUUUAUUUAAUUUGAAAUUUCAGACAUAAAAGUAUUAAGGUAGAUUUGGGAAUGUAUGAAGUGUUAACAUUAUUAUGUAGAUAGAAAUAUUUUUUCUUCUUCAUAAAGAAAGUUUUAUAGCAAUGACGAUUUAAUAAAUCCAAAAAUUAAUUAUUUAUCAUAUUUAUAACAUAAAUGAAUAUAUUUUGAAAUGAAAAACAGUUAUCCAGAUGUUUUGUGCGUGUAUGUAUGCGUAACACUAUUUUUUGUAAACAUAUUAUGUAUUUAAGAAUGCAAUGUAAUUAAUUUUUUUCACUAUUUAUAAAUAUCUCAAGUACUGUACCGACAGCAAUAAUUAGUUGUCUAAGAAAUCAGCGUAAAUUUAUUAAAGCAAUUAUAAAUGUAAAGAAAGAUACCAUUUAAGAUUUUUCUUAAAUAUCUAACUGAAAAAAUAACUUAUUUUUUAUUAUUUUACUUUUCAGUAUUUUAUCAGUUUUUAGAAAAUUUUAAUUUAAUUUAUAAUUAACAAAAAGAGUUGGAGGCAUAAUUUUAAAUGAAAGUGUGUAUAUUGUGUUUUUCAGAAAGAAGUUAAAGUUUUAUGUAAUGAAUUUGCAGCUAGUUUUAAGUCGUCAUCAUUAUAAAGGUAUUUUUAUGAGAAAGCUACAAGAAGAAUUUUAUGAACGUUCCUUGAGACAAAAAAAGUAUGUCACUUCAUAAUAGAGUAAAAUUUUAGAAAAUUAAUUUAGUUUGAAACCCAAAAUACAAUUUACUUUUAAGCAAAAUUUGCAAGAUAAUUUGUUAAUAUUAGGAUAUGUAAAUCAAAUUGGGAUACUGUGUGGAAUGUGUGGAACACUACGCACUAGGGCUUUGCUAUUUGUGAAAUGCCUUUACUCCUGUAGUGUACAAAUCCAAAUACUCACAAAAAAUAUACAUUGCCGCUACUGAAAAUAAAUAUGUAUUUCGACGCCAUCCAUUCAUAAAGAAUGUAUUAAAAUGUUAAAAUAAGACAAAUCAAAUUUAAUAACACGGAACAACAAAAUCAAAUUUUUUAUUUCUAGGACCACAUAGGGUGAUUCUUAUAAGUAAACACGAAUCUUUAGCAAAGGAAAAACAAACAACGUCUUUCAAAACAAUCUUUUGAAGUGCCUCAAAAAUAAUUUUCUUUAAAAUGAGAAUUACAGGUUUAAAUGGCAUUGUUUUCACACCUUUUUUUAAAACUCUGUAUUUUUCUUCACAAGCGACAUUGAUUUUGAACAUUAAUAAAAAACAGAUACCCUGAAAACUUAAUUUUUUCAGUUUUAAAUAUCUAAUUACUCUAAUACGUGGGCUAAUGAACAAUUAUUUAUUCAAUUGCGUGUUUUGCAUCACGAAAGAUUUAAGAAUCACCUUCCAUGCUCCUAAAAAUAAAAAUACAGUUGAACCGUGUAAUAUGUUAAAUAGUUUUAUUAAAAUUUAUCUCCUAAUAAAUCAUAUUUUAAUUCUGUGUUCUGAUAAAUUAAGGGCAAAGUUAAAUCAGAAAAAUCAAAAGUUUUAUGUGUUCAUAUAAUAAGACCAAAUUCAAAUCAAUUAAUAGGAAUUGUAAAUGAUUUCUAUUUAAAGAUGUAAAAUUAUUCUCCUUUAACCCUUGGAGCUCACAGAUAUUAUUUUUAUGACGGAGCACAUAAUAGAAUCUUUAUGACCAUAUAAACUUUCUGUAAAUUACCGUUUCACAGUCACUUAUCAAAAGUGAAGUUGAAAAAUUUUUCAAACAUUCUAUGGAGUCCCUCUCAUGUGGUGAGUUUGAGUACCUAAUUGUUUUUUCACUUGUACUGUUAAUUACACUUAGACUUACUAAACUUGUUUACAUUUACUCUUGCACUCACACUCACACUUUCACUAAAUUCUUUUUAUAUUUACACUAACACUUCCACUAAACGCUUUUUUCAUUUACCCUCACAAUUACCCUUACACUUUGACUUACAGUUACACUUACACAUUUACUAACAUUUUGUUGAGUAAGUGAGUGUGACAGUGCGAGUUUAAGUUUAAAAAAUACUUACAGAUUUUAAGAAAAACUGGUUCAAAGAGUCAAAAAACAUUGUUUUUCAAUGAUUUGAUCAAAUGUAUCAGAUGAAGCUGAGAUUCUGAAAAUCAAAAUUAGAACUUUCAGUUAUAAAAACAGUUUUUUAUUCAAAAUUUUUUGAACUUUUAAAAACUAUUAAACACAAAAAUUAACAAAAUUAAUAUUUUAAGGAAAAAUUAAAAACUUUGAAUUUUUAACUCAUUAUUUCCCCUUUGUUUCUUUAAAGUAUUCCAAAAUGAUCAUUAUUUCGAAAGUUUCUUACUCUCCCAAUUUUGGGAUAGCUAUAUUUGAGACAUUUUCUGAGAAAGGUAAUGUUAGGUAAAUUUAUCAUUAAGCUGCAAAGUUGUGUAAAAAAUAAAGAAUUGGACGAUAGUGAUUUUCGAACUGGACCGCUCCAUAUUUGACUCCAAAAUUUAAUGUGUUUUUUGUCUUGAUUUUUAUAGCUAAAAGUUAAGAUUUCAAUUCAAACGUACUUGAAGGCUUGCAGCAUUUCAGCUUUAUUUGAUCAAAAACUUGAAAAACAGGUUUUCUGAAAUUUUGAAUAAGUUUUUCCUGAAAUCCUGUUAUGUGCCAUUUUUGAGACCAGAUUCGAAUUCAACUAUAAACAAUUUAUAAGCAAAACCUAUUCCGAUGGAGUAGGUUUUACAUGACAACCUCUGUUAUUCAAAUUCGAUGAACUCUUAAAGAAAAUUACUUUUUAAAAAAAAAUAAAAGUCUAUGAUGUAUGACAGGAUGUGAGUGACUCUGUAUGUGCUCCUAACAAGGGUGAAUAUUUCUUGUAACAUAAUACUUCACACCUGAAAGUUAUUGGUGAAAAAUGUAAUUGUUAUUUAAUGUUUACCAUGCAAAUCUUAGAUUAAAUUUUUGCACGCAACUGAAAAAUAGAAUUAAGCGGCCUAUUCUAUGGGGUAUUGCUGCAGGAAAUAAGAAAUAAAUUAAAAUUUUAUUUAAA